UAAAACCAACAUAUUAAAUACUAUUAAAUCUAAAUGUAAAAAUGAAUGACAAAUGGAAUAAUCCAAUAUGGCUGCGCCCAUGAAUGUCAAUAUGUGGAGCACCAAAAAUUGCUGAGAACGUAUUUUUCUGCAUACUCUCAUACACAACACUUGCUUAAAUGUUCUUGUUUCUAGGAUGUUAGUCAGAAGAAUUUAUUCUAUUGUGAAGAUCAGUGGUUCAUUCAGAUCACUUACAUCUGUGUCACAAGUAACGAAGACAAUAAGCUCAAAUAUUUGUAGAAGAUGUUUUCACAGGUAUUACAGUGUCCAAGCCACACAAGAUCUGCCACAGCCUGUCUUUCUUCAGGCAGAGAAGUAUCCUAACAAAGUUGCAAUAAUAGACCAACAUGGUAGCUUUAAAUACCAGGAUCUAUUACAUUACAGUAAAACACUUUCACAGGAAAUUAUAGAUCAAGUCAAUGGUGAUAGCAAGCAUAAAACUCUUCCAGAAAACACCCAUGUGGCAUUCCUAUGUAACAAUGAUGUAUCUUAUGUUGUGGCACAAUGGGCCACAUGGAUGGCAGGAGGUGUGGCAGUUCCACUUUGUAAAAGUCAUCCACAAAAUGAAUUAGAAUAUGUCAUCCAAGAUGCACAAUGUUCGAUAGUUUUAACCACAGCAGACCACCACCAAAAAAUAGAACCUAUUACCAAAAAAUUAAGCAUUCCACUCCGAGUGUUAGAGAAGGAAAACUAUACUGGAUAUUAUGAAGCAGAUCAGAAUGCUUGGUUUAUUGAUCAACAAACAAGUUUAGAUUGUAAAAAUCUGGUCAAACAUAACAAUUAUAAAAACCAGUCAAGCUUGAUUAUAUAUACAAGUGGAACCACAGGGAGACCAAAGGGUGUGGUACUGACAUUUGGAAAUAUUCACUGUAACAUUACAGGAAUGAUGUCAGCUUGGGAAUGGACGUCUAACGAUGUGAUAUUACAUGUACUACCCUUGCAUCAUGUCCAUGGUGUAGUUAAUGCAUUAAUGGUACCGUUAUACUGUGGGGCAACCUGUGUUAUGUUGCCCAAGUUUGAUGAAAGAGUGGUUUGGGAGAAACUUGCAGUGAAAAGAAAGACGGGGAUAGACAUCACUAUUUUCAUGGCUGUGCCAACAAUUUAUGCCAAGUUGAUAGAAUACUAUGAAAAAAGUGAAGAGGAGAACCAACUAGCUUCUCAAUUCCUGUCUGCCUCACUAGAAAAUAUAAGGUUAAUGGUAUCAGGGUCAGCUGCCUUACCAAGGACAGUUAUGGACAAGUGGAAGGCGAUUAGUGGACAUACAUUACUGGAGAGAUAUGGGAUGACUGAGUUAGGCAUGGUGCUCACUAAUCCAUUACAUGGAGAACGAAUACCUGGAGCAGUAGGCCAUCCAUUUCCAGGUGUGAGGGUAGCCAUUAGUAAACCUAAUGUUUAUAGUACUAAUAGUUAUGAUGUCAUAGCUAAAGGAAACUCCACUAAUACAAAUGUGACAAAAGGAAUGGAAGGUGAGCAGGGAGAAUUACUAGUAAAAGGACCAACAGUGUUCAAGGAAUAUUGGAAGAACCCUUCUGCUACUAAAUCUAGCUUUACUAAAGAUGGCUGGUUUAAAACAGGUGACACUGCAGUCUACACUGAUGGUGUAUACAGAAUCAUGGGAAGGACCUCUGUUGAUAUCAUCAAAAGUGGCGGGUAUAAAAUCAGUGCUCUAGACAUAGAACGCCAUCUACUGGAACAUCCAGAUAUUUUAGAAUGUGUAGUGGUGGGUUUACAUGACAUAACCUGGGGUCAGAAGGUCGCUGCAGUUAUAGUGACUAAAUCAAAACAAAAUUUAAAGCUCUUUGAUUUAAAAUCCUGGUGCCGAGAUAAACUUCCUUCAUACCAAAUACCAUCAGAACUCAAAAAUGUAUCAGAAAUUCCUAAAAAUGCUAUGGGAAAAGUCAACAAGAAGGAAAUAGUUAAACAAUUAUUUAAUGGAAGAAAAGUAUGAAGUUUGUGUGUUUUAAUAUAAUUGUGAAUGGAAUCAGGAAUAUAUAUAUAAGAAGAUAUUUAGAGAAAUUUUAAGAAUAGAGCAUGUUAUCAUGGUCUUAAUUAGAGUCAAAAUGCAACAUUUCCAUGAAGAAUCAGAUUUGUAAUAACUUUCAAUUUUAUAAGCAAAACCUACCAUCUAUAGCAGUUCCUGAGCAUGCUGGCAAAUUACAAAAGUAGUCUAUUGAAUGCCUAUACUGAUUAUGAUUUAUAUUCUGUACUAUGCUUGAUUAAAAUUAAGAUAUAUACAAUGUACUAUAUCAGUGGUACAUUGUGUAUUUGGGAAAUAUAAGACUGUAACUGACAGUUUAUCCAUUAUGGACUCGCAGAUUUCUAUAAUCAGAAAUAAACAAUUUUUGUUAAGAAUUAAUCAACAGGUAAGAUAUUUUUCAUGCUGUUAUAAUUUUUAUACGACCGCAAAAUUUGAAAAAAAUUUCGUCGUUUAUUGCUAUCACGUUGGCGUCGUCGUCUGCGUCGUCCGAAUACUUUUAGUUUUCGCACUCUAACUUUAGUAAAAAUGAAUAGAAAUUUAUGAAAUUUUAACACAAGGUUUAUGACCACAAAAGGAAGGUUGGGAUUGUUUUUGGGAGUUUUGAUCCCAACAUUUUAGGAAUUAGGGCCCAAAAAGGGCCCAAAUAAGCAUUUUCUUGGUUUUCGCACAGUAACUUUAGUCUAAGUAAAUAGAAAUCUCUGAAAUUAUGACACAAGGUUUACGACCACAAAAGGUAGGUUGGGAUUGAUUUUGGGAGUUUUGGUUCUAACAGUUUAGGAAUUAGGGGCCAAAAAGGACCAAAAUAAGCAUUAUUCUUGGUUUUUGCACAAUAACUUUAGUUUAAGUAAAUAGAAAUCUAUGAAAUUUAAACACAAGGUUUAUGACCACAAAAGGAAGGUUGGUAUUGAUUUGGGGAGUUGAGAUCCCAACAGUUUAGGAAUUUGGGGCCAAAAAGGGGCCCAAAUAAACAUUUUUCUUUGUCUUCACAUUAUAACUUUAGUAUAAGUGAAUAGAAAUCUAUGACAUUUAAACAAAAGGUUUAUGACCAUAAAAAGAAGGUUGGUAUUGAUUUUGGGAGUUUUGGUCCCAACAGUUUAGGAAUUUGGGGCCCAAAGGUUGCAAAAUUAAACUUUGUUUGAUUUCAUAAAAAAUUGAAUAAUUGGGGUUCUUUGAUAUGCCGAGUCUAACUGUGUAUGUAGAUUCUUAAUUUUUGGUCCCGUUUUCAAAUUGGUUUACAUUAAGGUCCAAAGGGUCCAAACUUAAACUUUGUUUGAUUUUGACAAAAAUUGAAUCCUUGGGGUUCGUUGAUAUGCUGAAUCUAAAAAUGUACUUAGAUUUUUAAUUAUUGGCCCAGUUUUCAAGUUGGUCCAAAUUGGGGUCAAAAAUUAAACUUUGUUUGAUUUCAUCAAAAAUUGAAUAAAUGGGGUUCUUUGAUAUUCCAAAUCUAACUGU